AUGACCGGCCGUUCGCCUUCGUCUUCCGGUUUCCUCCCCAUGCCCGGCUCGCCCUCGUCGUCGUGGGCGCUGUAUCGCGCUCGCCUGUCCGCGCUCCUUCGACAUGCUGAUACGCAAGUCGUCGUGGCCUUUUGGCUGCUUGGUCUCAUCAACAACGUCCUCUAUGUGAUCAUCUUGUCCGCUGCCCAGGACCUCGUCGGCUCCUCGGUUCCGAAGGGCGUGGUCCUCCUCGCUGAUAUCCUCCCUUCCUUCUUCACGAAGCUUAUCGCACCCUACUUCAUCCACCGCGUGCCCUACCCGAUCCGCGUCAUGGUUCUCAUCGGCCUGUCGUGCUCUGGAAUGCUGCUCAUUGCCCUCACGCCGCCCAGCAAGUCGGUCGCCUUCAAGAUGAUCGGCGUCGUCAUCGCCAGCCUCAGCUCUGGCGGCGGCGAACUCAGCUUCCUCGGGCUGACGCAUUACUAUGGCCCUGUGAGCCUCGCAGGCUGGGGCAGCGGCACGGGCGCGGCGGGGCUGGUCGGCGCGGGUAUGUAUGUUGUGAUGACGGACUGGUGGGGGAUCAGCGUGCGCAACAGCCUGCUUCUGUCGGCGUGCCUGCCGUCCGUCAUGUUUGUCAGCUUCUUCAUCAUACUGCCGAUGGGCCCCCUGCGCGCGGGCCGUAAGGAGUACGAGGCGCUGCCAGAGCGGGACCUGGACGACGAGGACGCGGCGGAGCUGCCGCGCAACGCCGCCGCCUCGGCGCUGCUCGCACCGGGUCCGUCGGUGGCGUCGACGGCAUACUCGGCGCAGCAGCGCCACCAGCAGCAGCACCACAACCGCGCGGACGAGCACAGCUUCGAGGCCAACCUCAAGAGAGCCAGGGCGCUCUUCUUCCCCUACAUGCUGCCGCUGCUGCUGGUGUACGUGGCCGAGUACACGAUCAACCAGGGGGUGGCGCCAACGCUGUUGUUUCCUUUGGGGUCGUCCCCUUUCAAGGAGUUCCGCGAGUUCUACCCGAUGUACGGGUUCCUAUACCAGCUGGGCGUCUUCAUCUCGCGGUCGUCAACGCCCUUCUUCCGUAUCCACCGGCUGUACCUGCCGUCGCUGCUGCAGGUGGGCAACCUGGGCCUACUGACGGUGCAAGCCAUGUUGGACUUCAUCCCGUCGGUGUACAUCGUGUUCGCCAUCAUGUUUUGGGAGGGCCUGCUGGGGGGUGCGGUCUACGUCAACACAUUUGCGGAGAUCAUGGAGCGGGUGCCAAGCAAGGACAGGGAAUUCAGCCUCAGCGCGACGAGCGUCAGCGACAGCGGGGGCGUCUGCAUCGCCGGGUUCUUGGGCAUCAUCAUGGAGGUGCAGCUGUGCAAUUGGCAGGUGGCGCGGGGGCGGGACUGGUGCCGCAAGAUAAAGGUUGGGUGA